AUGGGAGUAGAAGACAUCCAGGUCUUCAGCGAUUCACAACUGAUCAUAAGCCAAGUCCAAGGAGACUACCAGGCGAAAAAUCCGAGUAUGAUCAGCAACGCCAGGAACGGUCAGGAGGCCGAGGGUCCUAAGCGCCUACUCCUCGGAACAUAUGAGAUCAGCUGCACUGCAAGGGAGCAGGACAAGGUCCUUGCUCCUCACCACGAUGCUCUUGUCAUAUCACUUAUCGUAGCAAACUGCUUGGUCAAGCGAAUACUAGUGGACAAUGGAAGCUCCAGCAACAUAAUCUUCCAUUCGGUCUUCGCCGACCUAUGGUUGGAACCCACGGCCCUAACUAGAAAGGCGACUCCCCUUGUAGGCUUCAGCGGAGAGGUCAAGCAAACCUUAGGAGAGGUCCUUCUCCCCGUGUACGCCGAGGGGAUAAAUCAAGCCACGAAGUUCCUAGUCGUUGAUUGUCCUUCAUCGUAUAAUGUGAUACUUGGAAGGCCUUGGAUCCUCGACAUGGGAGCCGUACCUUCGAACUUGCAUCAACUGGUUAAGUUCCCAACUCCCUGGGGAAUCAAGGCGGUCAAGGGAGAUCAGGAGAAUGCCAGAUCCUGCUACCAAACUACCUUGAAGGGAAAGACCCAAGUCUUAUAG